AUGACAAACAAACCUAGAAGACCUCAGCUCUACAGCCUAUUUCCAGUUAAUGUGUGUGGAGUUGCAGCAGAGGCAGAAGCAAAGACAAAAUUGCAGAAAUUAACAACAUUUCAAUCAGUAAUCUACUCUGAAUAUCAGAAAUGGACUACAGCCACCAUAGAAGUUCACCACAAAAUUCUCAAAACCUAUGGCAUACCCAGGGCAGUUGUUAGCAAGUUGGAAGAUGAUAGUAAUUGUAUGACAACAUUAUAUUUGUUAUAUAGUGUAAGAAUCACUCCUGGUCAAUUGUUGGAGGGAGCUCUUGCCAAAUUCCCCAAUUAUUAUGUUAUUGGGGUUUUGGUAGCCCCUGCAUUUAGUGAAGGGAUGGAUGAUGAAGUUUUGUCAGAUUUAGUUGACUAUAUGUCAACUAUUUCUGAACUAAAUAUAGGGGAGGAAGAAUAUCAAAGGAGAAUAGAGGAUCUUAAACUUCAAUUGCAAGAAUAUGAAAAUAUUUCAAGCAAAGUUCAAGAUCUUCAAAUUAGUAUUCAAGAUCUUGUAGCUCAAAAUCAAGAGCUUCAUCAAGAAAUUGAGGCUAGAGAUCAAAGGCUUCAGUUUUUAUUAUAUUUGAAGAUAGUCAUUCCCAAAAUAAGUAUAUGA